CCACUUCCCACAAUUUCUUCAUCGCCGUCAAUCGCCUCCCUGCCAACGCCAACCAUCAAACCGUUCAGACUUCUACGGACCUCUCGCCAUGCUCGAAAGAAUCUUUGGGAAGAAAUGGCCUACGCCGAUCGCUAAGCCGAUGGCACCUUUCUAUAUUGCUGGUGUGGUUGUUUUCUACGGAGUUAACAGCCUUUCCAAUUUUCUCGCCAAUACCGAAGAGUAUAAGAACGACCCCCGCAACCCCAACGCCAGGGCGAAUCCCUCCGGAAAUGCUGGACAGCAUCAUUAGAACUCUUUUCACUAUCUACUAUUUCUCCUAGAAAAGCAUAGAUCUGUCAGGUGGGGGGAAAGUGAAUGGUACGAGCUGGAUAGGGUACUGGAAUUUAGUGUUGGCAGUCGUGUAUCAUUGAAAUAUCAAUACCUCUUCUACCAUC